AUUCUUUCACCAGUCAAGUUCUAUCAAUAAUGGUAUUGUCUAUUGUUUGGCAAAGGUAGCAGUGUCUAGUGGAACUCGCUUAGUUUGGAUUGAGGAGAGUGUUAUUCUGGAUCUCCUCAUCCAAGGAACGUUUCCAAGUUAAUGAUAUCGUUUUUCUUCAAAAAAAUUUGGCCAAGAACAAACAUUUCUUUAGGUAGCUUGCUGAGGGUCACCCUAGGUCUCUAAAACCCUCCUAAUACCCCUCUCUCUUUCCACCACAAACGAACCACAGUCAGUAGGCUUCAUAAAUCUCAGAAAAUGGUGUACAAACCAUGGAAGAUCAUCCCCCGGCCAUUGCUAGAAACCGUGCUCAACAACCACGCCCAGCGCCACCGCGUGCCUCAGCCUCUGAUCCUCCACGGCCCCAGAGGCGCCGGCAAAACCACCCUCAUCCUCGAACGUCUGCUGGGGGAGUGGAACAAAGGCCCUCACCUCACCGGCUAUGUCGACUUCGCCGAGUCCAUCAAGGACCACCACCCGCAGUUCAAUCAGUCGUUUCCAUGGGCUUCCUGGUCCAAUUGCCCGCCGACCACUUUACCCAAUUGCCGAACCAAGCUCGAAAGCUGCCUCGAAUCCAUGGCUCACAAGGGCGUCCAGCUGGGUUCCAUCAGCUCCCAUCAAAUCUUCUCCACUCUCAGCAAAUGGCACGGUCUUAACACGGCUCUCCGCCACGUUAUUGCCGGCAAUGGGGCUGCUAAGAACACUGUUUCUGAGAAAGCUUCCGGGUCGGUUUUGUGGGAUCGGGCGGUGUUCGCGCUAAGUGCUCGAUGUGAUGCCCAAGAGAUUGAUGGGAUUUUGGGUUUGACUGAGAAGAAGAAGAAUGUGCCGUUGGAAGAGGCUUCGUAUUAUAGGGAGGCCGUUGUGGCAUUGAGAUUGGCAAAGGAGGUGAUUAAGCAGCAGCAAAGUUGGAGGGCUAAUGCCAUUGCUCAUUUGAAUCGGACUGGUGGAUUUUCAAGGUCUUUAGCGAAUUCAUGUACUGAUUGGCCUUGUUUAUUGAUGGAGUUGUUGUCACAAGGAGCUGAAAUUGAUCAUUUUCAGCCUAAGCUGGUUAUUAACAAUGUCGAAGUUUUAAAGAAUGCGAUUCUGUUGGAUGAGAAUUCAUCAGUCUGCGGAUCCAUGUAUCACGACAGUCUAAUAUGGAGACUAAUUGCUUUAGGUGCAAAUGAGAGGUGCUUUCCUGUUGUACUCGUGACAUCGGAUAGUUACUAUUCAUACCUAGCUUACAUGGAUUUUGGAUUUCCAGACAUAUUCAUCUCUCGUGAGGCUUUUGGCUGGAGUCCCCAGGAAGCUAAGUUACAUAUGGUUACUGAAUAUUUCAGUAAUUCAGAGUGGUCGGUGAUUGCUGAGGUGUUUGGCCCAAACCCACGACACCUAUUUGAGCUCUAUGCACUCAAACAGGCCAAUUACUAUCAACUGUUAGAAGACAACAAAGAUAGCACAUUUGAAGACAUUGUGGAUUCAUAUUUAGCUUACUUGCAAAUUACUGUAGUGAAUCCGGCCAUGGAGAAAGCAUUGGGGCUCCUUCAAAAGUUUGCUGCUGAUGCACGAAGUGGAAAAUUUUCAAAAGAUAGACUACGCUUUGGUGCACCGUGGAGACAUCCUCCACCUAAAAAUUAUCCCACCAUGUGCCUUGGAUGGGCAAAGAUUCAGCUGAUGGAUUUUGUGCAGUCUCUAAUUAAUACAGAAUUUGGAAUUAAUUAUCUAGCUGAUUGUAGCCUUGAGAUCAUGGACGAUCCUUCUGCUGUUGCAUUGGUGGAGGUUGGUUUGUUGUAUGCUCAACGGGAUCCAUCAAUCAUUCGCCCCAUAUCUAGAGGCAUUCAGCGGUGUAUUGUAAGAUGGCUUGUCCAAGAAAGGAUGCAGAUGAGUUACCCGAAAUUUGUACAGUAUAAAUGGCAGCGUUUUAUGCGUGGCCGUAGCUAUCGUCAUUUGAUGCUACAAGUAGGCUAUAAGUAGAGCAUAAGAGCCGUCUCUUGGCAAAUGCACCUUUUACUUUGGGAGUGGCCCCUGCUUCGGGUUAACAUAAAUAUUUUUUACAGAGCGCAAACACUGGUAAAAUCAUCAUUAGCCGAUUAAGAGGAUAUUCGGUGUUUAGAUACGCCACGGAGCAACCGUGUCAAAGAUUUGAUUUUUUGAAGACUACCAGCAGAAAUUUUUGAUAUCUGGAGAUGUGUAGAGCAUAGCUUGCUGCCUGAGUAUACGGGGCCAACAUUCUCCCAUGAUUCAUAUUUUUUUGUUCAACAAAGCAAAGUAAGGUCCAACCUCUAGUCAGCCCAUUGAGUUUUGGUUAACGUAACGCUCGCUCAUUUUCUAUGGGCUCCCAUUCACGAGAAGUUCUUUGGUGCGUCCGCCUGAGAACACUCGCGGGGGUGAGAUUCUCAUUGACGAGAUCUCACUCCCUUGUGAGUGUUGCUUACCGCGGCCGCCACAACAAAUUAUUUCAAUUAGGUUCUGGCGAAGAUUAUGUUUCUUUCAUUUAUCUCGUGAUUUUCUUUGACCAAAACAAAUCCUUAUAUUAAAUCAAAAUUCAAUUUUAUGUGUA